AUGCAAUCGACAUUCCGGCUAAUAAAACCAGCACCGCUAACGGAACGUGUGAAAUCCCGGGAUUCGAGCAUCUAUCUGUUUAGAGGCAUGUGGGUGAUUGGCUGGUUGGCCCCGAAGGAGGGAAUCUGGCGAUAUGUGUAUCUCAUCUGGUCAUUUACGACCUUUUCUUUUGGCGUGUUCUAUUUACCAGCGGCCUUCUUAAUUAGCUAUGUGAGGGAAUUUAGCAAUUUUUCGCCGAGCGAAUUUUUCACAUCACUACAGGUGGCCAUCAAUGCUUACGGUUCGUCGGUAAAGUGCAUAAUCACCUACAGUUUCAUGUGGCGCUUGAGGAAGACGCAGAACUUACUGGACAGAUUGGAUGAGCGGUUAUUGAAAGACGAUGAUCGUCAAAAGAUUCACAAUGCUGUUGCGCGUUGCAAUUAUGCGUUUUUAAUCUUCACCUUUAUAUACUGUGGCUUUGCGGGAUCGACAUUUUUCUCGAUGGUACUGAAUGGUAGUCCGCCUUGGUCGAUCUAUAAUCCAUUUGUGGACUGGCGGGAUAGCACUGCCAACUUGUGGAUUCAGUCGAUCUUUGAAUAUAUAGUUAUGUCCUUUGCUGUGCUGCAAUGUCAGCUUUCGGAUACAUAUCCCCUCGUUUUCACGCUCAUUAUUCGCGCACAUUUCGAAGUGCUAAAAGAUCAUGUACGCAAUUUACGCAUGGAUCCCGACAAAACGGAGCAGGAAAACUACGAUGAGCUAACCAAUUGCAUCAUGGACUACAAGAUAAUAUUAAGAUGUUGCAACAUGAUACGUCCAAUGAUAUAUCGCACAAUAUUUGUGCAGUUUCUGCUGAUUGGUUCCGUACUGGGCUUGACCCUAUUUAAUAUAUUCUUCUAUGCGAACUUUUGGCAAGCCGUCGGUAGCGCUUUCUUUGUGAUCACAAUUCUGUUGCAGACAUUUCCCUUUUGCUACAUCUGCAAUAUGCUCAGUGACGACAGCGAGGACUUGGCCAACAUGAUUUUCCACUCCAACUGGGUCGAUAGCGAGCCGCGCUACAAAACCACUCUGAUUAACUUCAUGCAGCAUGUGCAACAGCCGAUCGUGUUUAUCGCUGGAGGCAUAUUUGUCGUCUCAAUGAACAGCAAUAUAAGCGUUGCAAAGUUUGCAUUCAGUAUUAUAACCAUUGCGAAACAAAUGAAUCUCGCUGAACAGUUUCAGUAGAAUGCAAAAUAAGCAGAUCAACUUCGUCCCACGGUUAUUUUGCAGCACUCUAAGGCUUAUCCUGUUUUAUAUUAACGUGAAUUUUCAUCUUUAUUUAUUGCAUCUUGAAACGAGUCUGGCGCGUGCCAAGUGCUCGUCUGCAAUUGCCUCUUAAUACUGACUCGCAGUAAAAAGAUGUUCCUCAGUUAAUAGACACACACACACACACACACACACAGUUACGCACUUAGGAACCGCUGUGAGGGGCGACAUUGUUUGUGGCUGGCAUUUGCAUAGAAUUUGUAUAUGUUAUAGUUUAUCUCAUAAGAUUUACCCGAUUUAGUGGAAUGGAAAUGAAAAGCCGCAAGCGGAUGAAAAAACGGAAAACGACUCAGCAACGGGGGACACAGUGCAGAGUUGGUACAUUUUGCAAAUUGCGUUAACAGACGGAAAUUACAAAAACAAAAACAACACGAUGAUAUACCAAUAUCAACAUAUAAUCAGAGCGCUCAAAAAGAGCUGAACGGAAAGACGCCCGACCGAGACUAGCGAACACUCGCAGGAAAUACGCAUAUA